GGCAAAUAAGGACUAUUUCAUUGAUUCGUUCAAAUCGGUAUAAUAAUGGAUAGAGUAGAGAGUACAAAUUGAGAAAAUGUUGAUCUGUGAUUGCUCGGUGGUACUAUUAGUUUAUAUCCACGUGUCCAGGUCCUAUCAACCAACGCUAUACAAGAAUUUGCUGUAUCGAACACCAUUACAAUUUACAAUCCAUUUCCUUGUGAUCUAAAGAUCUAAUCUAGAACCCUAGAGAAGUUUGUGUUUGCUGACUUUGCUCCUUCCUUCGAUUCCAUCUCCAAGAUAAAGCAUGAGUGAACCUGGAAAAGAUGGCAAUCAGCAGUACUACCAGCAUCACCAGGAUCAGCAACAACCGCCGCCGCCUCAUGAGUACGGUACUUUCCAGGGCGUUCAAAACUAUCCUCCUCCUCCGCCGGUAAUCGGCUUCCCUCAGCCUGUUCCGCCUCCCGGAUCAUCAGGUGGACCUUCGGUCAACCCUUAUGUUCAUGGCUACCAGGCUGUCCCAGGUUAUGCAGUUGCUGAAGGAAGACCUGUAACUGUGAGAGAAGGUCGCCUUCCUUGCUGUGGUAUUGGUAUUGGAUGGUUAUUGUUCAUUGCUGGUUUCUUCUUUGCAAUGAUCCCCUGGUAUGUCGGAGCAUUCGUUUUACUGUGUGCUGGAUAUGAUGAACGCGAGAAACCAGGAUAUGUUGCAUGCGUAAUUGCUGCUAUUAUUGGAACAAUUGCUGUGAUUUCUGGUGUUGCAAACAUUUGAUGUCGGUUGUAGAAUGGAUAUAUGAAAUCAAUCAAGUUGUUUUUUUUUUUUUUUAUUAAAAAUUUAAUUUAAAUGGCUGUAUUAUGGUGUGAAUUUGUAUG